GCGGGCCGGGCCGGGGAGCGGCGCGGGGAGGCGCCUUUCCUCUGCCCCCCGAGCCCUGACCCGCUCUUGUGUUGCCAGCGCGCGCGGAGAGCCGAGAGGGUUCAGGGCUUCGUCCAGAGAACGGUGGCAGAGCGAGACGGCCUGCUCGGGGAACAGGAGGCCCCGCAGAGCCCCGCAGGUUCUAGAGAUACCGUAUCUCCUGGUGCUCGUAAACAUGAAUCCUGUCAGUUACAGAUCAAAAGCUGCUCUGUUCCUGGCACAAAGAAGAAAGCAUCUGCCACAUUUAAACACAAGCCUGAGUUCUUCAAUAACAAAGUUACCUUGUCAGCCGGUUCACCGGCAGAAAGUAUACAGGCUAGCCAGGAAAAUGUCUGCAGUGGAAUUGUUAGGCCUGCUGCUGCGGAGAAAAAAGUCAAAACCUCAAGAGGUAUGAUGAAGCUGAGGAGGAAGAUGAAGACUGUGGUAGCAGAGGAAGGGGAAUCUGUGCAAGAUGCGCUGCUAAUAAGCGCUGAUGAAAAGGUGAAAAAUCAAAUGACGAGUAAAGGGGAACUUGGGUCACCGGUGUUCAGACGAAGCAGUUUCUCAAACACAGAGGAAAACGCUCACAGAUCAUCCAGACCAGCCCUUGUGAGGAGAGAAGGAAACAGUCUAACACCUCCAGAGGUAGAGUUAGGAGUUGUACAAGAAACACUUGAAGACAGUCUCCCUCUAGGAGUGCCAGAGCUAUUUUCAUGUGCUUUGAGGGACAGCAAUGAUGUCCAGCAGCCUGGACCCCCAAGUGCUGUAGCCACGUCUGAUAACCGUGAGCCUGCACAGCUGUGUUUAGAGAACAGUGCAUCUGUUUUGCUUGACACCAGUGAUGAUGGAGGAAAAGAACCUUCCGAUAUAAAAAACCAAACAGCCAAUGAGAGUACAUGUGAAGGUCAGGGAGAGUUAUGUAGGCUCUUGGAGUUAAUGUCAGAGAAAGAAGUAUUGCCCACUGGCAGAAAUAACACUAUAAUUAAUGAGAGUGAAAGCCCUGAAGGAAAUCAAAAUGACACUAAUGGUUUAAAUCCCUUUCCUGCAGAUUCUCUUACGGGCAAUGUUGAAAAACUGUUGGAAACUCAAGAGCUUGAAACUGAAUCAAGACUUUCUCACCUAGAGAAGGUGACAGCUCCUGAAACUGAAAGUGCAUUGAAUUCUUGCACAGUCAUCGAAGGGCUUCUAUUUCCAGUUGAAUACUAUGUCAGGACAACUCGCCGUAUGUCUAAUUGCCAGAGGAAGGUGGACCUAGAUGCAGUAAUUCUCAGCCAGCUGGGUAGGAGCAAGAAAAGUCUGCGAAAUAAGUGCAAGAAGAAAGAUGCAAAUUCAGAUCAGCCCUCCCAAGAAACAGUUGAAAACGAGGAGGAGUCAGGGGUCGGACCAUUCCCUUUUCUUGGUGCAGAAAACGAUCCGGUGAAUUCAAGUAGUCCUCAACAAUCCCUUCCUCCAUCUAACAGUAGCAGCACUUCACUUGGAUCCAUCUCUCAGAACAGUAUUGCCAGCACAAAGCGCGAUCAGAGACAAUCACGGAGGAAGCGAAAGGGAAGAAGAAAGUCUACGUGCAAACCCACUGUGAAUCAAGCAUCACAGGAACUUCUCCUGAGUUUGGAUCUCGUAACACCAAGGGAAAGCAGUAAUCUCUUAUCAAAUGACUGUCAGAGCAGAAAGGAGAACUCCCAGGGUAAUCUUGAAAAAUCACCUUUAGAUGAGGUAGGAUUGUCUGGUGCUGCAGCUCUUGGGUCUGGAGAGACAAAAGCACCUGGCGCUAUACAGCCAACAAGUGCUGAUCUUCCUCCUGUUAGAAGUCAAGUACUUGGGAAAUGCCAUAAGACUCUGUUAGAACAGGUUCAAAAUCCAUCUCAGAAGAGUGAUUCUUUGAACCCAGGGAAUGAAACUUUUGCCAGGCGCAUAGGAGAUCUGGAUGCCAACUUAAGUGUGUGUCAAUCUGAUAAACGUCCAGUGGAACAUGUGAAGAAUCAGCAUGCGCGAGGAGCCUGUGGGGCUGAGCAGCUCUUAGUGAUUAAUGAAUGUCUCUCUCCACACCGUCCCUUACGUUUCUCUCUGAGACGGAGAGCCGGUCGAGUCUCAAAAGGUGAGAGCAAAAGGGGACAUAGCCAUCAAAUGGAUUCAGAGGAUCCAGCUUCUCUUGGUCUCCCUGCUAUGGACCCUAAUACGGCAGAGUCUCUCUUUAGCUUCCGCAGUCUCCAGUGGCUGCCCUCCAGACUGGGUAUCAAAGACUUUCACUUACCUGAUGAGGAAUUUGGGCUACUAAAACUUGAGAAAUUUAAAUCUUCCCCAGUGAAUGACUUGGAGGAGUUUGUUCCUAAUACAUCUGGAGAUGGUGUGGCUUCAGAGGACAUCCAAGAUCCGCAAAUAAAUGUAGAAAAGAAGAGGCAUGAGAGCAAUUUGAUUUCACCUUUCAAAAAUGUGCUGUCCGAGUUACCUCAUUUAGAAAGCCCGGCUUCCAAGAAGGGACUUUGCACAAGUGAAUUGCUUUUUACUCCCAUGGAAACUGUCUUUGCUGCUGCUCCCAGUCAGCCUGAGUCUCAGAUUUCCUCAUCUCUUUUCCCUGUGUUGGGUGCAACCCCAGCUGUCUUGCCAUCAGGACACAGCAAGGCCUUUCCUCCCACACCUUCUGUGCUUCCCUUGCAAGUGAGCAUUCAUUCCUCCAAAGGAGCAUCUGGCCAGGUUGUGGAUUGUAGGGAAUGCAGAGACUUUGCCAUUCCGCUGGACUCAGACAGCUGUGGUACAGAAUCUGCUAGAAAAGAGGAGGGACAGUGCGCAAUGUUUCAUUUAGAAGCUGAAAGAGACCCUAAUCAUAGAUCUGAUGAGGUGAUGGCCUUAAAGAAGCAUCAGCAAUCAGAGAGCAAACAGCAGGGAUCUUACAGAGCACCUGCUGAACAGGAAAAAACUGUAGAAGAACCGUUGGCUGUGGUCCUGCUUGAUGGCCUGAGAGAAGAGAGCUUGCAGCUUGUAUCAAAGUUAAAGGAUUCUUCACGUUCUUGUGCUGUGGAUGUGAGUACCAUGUGGUGGGAAGCAGCUGGCUGCAGAGAGCUAUGUGUUGUGACAGCUUCUGAGAGCUCUGUUUCCCUGUGGAAACUUCUGGCACCUGGCCACUGGGGAAAGGUCUAUACUUGGCAACCUGGAGAGAUUCCAGUAAUACAGAUUGUUUCUCUGCCGGACACCUGUAACCUCGUGUGUAUAGCAUUGGGAGAUUUGGAGAUUGGAGAAAUAAGGCUCUUGCUUUAUUCUUCUGAGAGUGACUCAUUCAAGCAAUCACUAGUAAAAGCUGGAAAUAUAAAAGCUGUCCUUGGGCUAAAGGAUAGGAGGCUGGUCAGCAGCAGCAGAACCAUGCAAGAGCAGCAAGUGGAGAUAAUAUCAUUUUCAGAGACAGGACGGAGCAAGGAGGGACAGACUUUGAUGCCCCCUGAAGAAACUGUUCUAGCUUUUGCUGAAGUAGAAGGAAUGAGAGACGCUUUGGUUGGCACCACUGCAGUGAACAGCGUUGUUGUUUGGAAUUUGAAAACGGGCCAGCUCCUGAGAAAGAUGCACGUUGGUUAUUUCUACCCAGCUUCAAUCUGCCAUCGAGCAUAUUCUGACUCUGGCCUUCUGUUUGUUGUUUUAAGUCAUCCACAUGCCAAAGAGAGCGAGCUCUGUGGAAACCCUGCAUUCCGCGUGAUAGCGUUCAAUCCCAAAACAGCCAGAAGUACUGGAGUGGUUUUCUCCUCCCUCCCACCUGGACAUGCUGGAAGGUACCUGGAAGGUGAAGUGAAGGACGCUUCUGCUGCGGCUGUGCUAACGUCAGGAACCAUUGCGGUGUGGGACCUGCUUCUAGGGCAGUGCACAGCUGUACUCCCGCCAAAUUCGAAUGGGAGCUGGUCGCUGGUCCGGUGGUCUGUUACAAGUGCCUGUCUGCUGGCUGGACAGAAAGACGGAAGCGUUUACCUGUAUCAUUAUUCACAGCCUAAAGCAGAAAAAACUUGAAAGGGGGAUUGGAGAGGUGCCGAGAGAAGAGUUUGCACUGACAAUUCAUAAAACCAGAGCAGGGCAGAAUUUCUGGCUGAUGGGAGCCACUGGUUCCCUUCUCCCAGGUUAGACAGGGUAGUUUCACUGCGACCACGCGGGAGCCACGGAGCCGGCCCCACGCGCCUUUGGCUUUGCGCCGCAGCUGCGGACGUGUUGGCUCUGUGCCGCCGGCGGUGCCAGAGACUGGCGCGACCUGUGCCUUUUGUAUGUGGGGUCCCUGCUGCUGGGGGCCGCCGCAGCGGGCC